AUGCGGAUACAGAACCACAAUGUAGACGUCCACAGGGGAAAGCCAUUCAGGUUAACCUAUGGAUGUGAGGCCAUGAUUCCAGUGGAGUUGGGAGAGCCGUCCUGGAGAAGAAUCCAGGCAUUAUCACAAACUGGAGAAGAAAAUAGUAAAAAAAUGGCGGUGGAACUGGACUUGAUAAAUGAAACCCGGGUUAUGGCUCACUGCAAAAACUUUGCAGCCAAACAGCUCGUUGCAAACUGGUUCAAUAAAAAGGUGAAGUCUAGAUCGUUUGUGGUAGGAGAUUUGGUUCUUCGUCGAGCUGACAUCGGAGGACGAAAUGCGGCCGAAGGAAAGCUAGCUCCAAAGUGGUGA